CAUUGUUCCCAGAUAAUAGUGUUAAUGUGAAGUUUUUGUUCUCAGUUUUGCUUGAUAGUUUGAAUUAUUUUGAGUUCUGCACUGGCAGGUUUUCUGAUUUUUACUAUUGUGAUGUAAAAUGGGAGUUUGGUUAAGUUUUUCUUCAUCUUCGUCUACUUUUUCUCAUGGCUUCCUCUCUUUCCACAUUGAAGUUGUAUGCUUAAAAAGACAUUCAGAGGUAGAAUGAUUACAUCUGCUGAAGCAGUUGAAGCUAUGGCAGAGGUUGUUUCUUGGGAAGAAGUUCCUGAGUCAUUGGAGCAUAAGAGAAUUGAUUACUUGGCAGAAAGGAAAAGGUCACUGCGAGCCCGUUAUGCAUAUGGCAUAAUCUUCUUAAUCACAAAUCUUUGGGCUUGGUUUGUUCGUGACUAUGCACAAAGGGUUUUACCUGAGCUCCAUUAUAUGAAAUCUUGUGGAUCUGGUGGAAAUGACUGCUUUCAUACACUGGGAGUUCUUCGUGUGAGUUUAGGAAGCUUUAUAUUUUUCUUUCUAAUGUUCCUCACUACAUCUAAAACAAGAAAACUAUGUGAAGCUCGCAAUGCAUGGCAUUCUGGAUGGUGGGGAUUGAAGUUUUUCAUAUUACUAAUAUCGAUGGUGGUUCCACUCUUCGUUCCUUCAUAUUCUCUUCAAUUAUAUGGUGAAUUUGCUCGUAUUGGUGCAGGGAUUUUUCUCCUUCUUCAACUUAUAAGUGUGAUCCAGUUUAUUAAUUGGUGGAAUAAGUACUGGAUGCCCGAUGAGCAAAAGAAGCAGAGCUGCUCCCUUGGAUUAUUCAUGUCUACACUGUUUUACAUUGCUUCGAUGAGUGGAAUUGCAUUUAUGUACUCAUCACAUGCGAUGAAAUCCCCAUGUAUUCUCAACAUAUUUUUUAUCACAUGGACUACAAUUCUACUUAUUGUAAUGAUGGUUAUAUCGCUACAUUCGAAGGUAAACAGAGGUCUUUUAUCUUCUGGAAUUAUGGCUUCAUACAUUGUUUUCCUAUGCUGGUCUGCUAUCAGAAGUGAACCUGCCAAUGAGGAAUGCAACAGACAAAAACAAGGGAAUGGGAAUGGUGAUUGGAGUACAAUACUAGGCUUCCUGAUUGCAAUAUGUUCUAUUGUUAUGGCAACCUUUUCAACUGGGAUAGAUUCGCAGUCAUUUCAGUUUCAAAAAGAUGAAGUUAAAGAGGACGAUGACAUCCCUUACAAGUAUGGAUUUUUCCACCUAACAUUUUCCCUGGGGGCCAUGUAUUUUGCAAUGCUAUUCAUCAGUUGGAACCUCAAUAACUCAGCUAAGAAGUGGAGCAUUGAUGUUGGGUGGACUAGUACAUGGGUAAAAAUUGUCAACGAAUGGUUUGCAGCUUCAAUAUUUCUAUGGACGUUGAUUUCCCCGGUGCUGAGGCAGUCUGAAGUCAUGGAUCAUGAAGAGCCUGUGCAGGAGAUUGAUAACUCAGCUGUGCCAUGAUUGAUUAUGGAAAAUGUUGCAGAUCUUUCUUGCUACCUGCUACAUGGUCAUUAUUCUUUCCGUGUCAAUUAUUCUUCAAGCCAGUCACGAAAGGAGCAGAGGAAAAUAAGUCUUUAAUAUUCCAUUGUUGGAAAAUCCAGAAGAAGAUGCCUGCAAUUGAGUAUUCACAUAUUUUGCACCUUGAAACAUCAGAAGAUGAAGAAAAUACCAUGGUUUUAUGAAGAGGAUUAAUCAUGUGAAGUAAACCACAUGAUGACUAAUCUAAUGUGUUUGGCAUAUUGUCAGAAGUCAAAUUGUGAAAUUUAUGCAACAUAAUUUGUUAGCAUUUCUCAUAAGAUUAUACAAUUAAUCAGUUCUGCCACAUUGACUUACA